AACAGAAGAGAAUGGAGACUAAACUCAAUCCUUCCAAUGACCCACCACCUUAUCAAACAUUUCCCCAGCCCGGUCAACAGGUUCCUCCCAGUUCCUACCCAGCACAAGCUCCACCAAAAUAUGAACCUGGGCCUACAUCAUAUCCACAGAACCCUGGUUCAUACCAACAGGGGACACCAGUGGUAACUUCACAGCCAGUUGUGUAUCUUCAGGACCAGUCCUUUAACACUUUCAGUAAGCCAAUGGUGUGUCCAUAUUGUAGCAGCCAGAUUUCCACGUCAGUGGAGUAUGAGUCAGGUGCUCUUACCUGGCUAUCAGCAGGCAUACUUUGUAUCUUUGGAUGCUGGCUUGGCUGCUGUUUGAUUCCCUUCUGUAUGCCUGAUCUACAGGAUGUCAAACACACCUGUCCAAACUGCAAUAAACUUGUUGGUGUUUACAGAAGAAUCUGAAUACUAUGGUGGAACAGGAACAGUCUUUGUUAUUUAGAGUUUCAAUAUCGGUGAUGUGUUUUUAAUUCAUUGUUGAGGGUAAUAGUGAAACUUUUUUUUGUGGAAGAAGAAUUUAAUUUGUAAAGUAUUGUUUCAUUUUCUUAAAAUCAUCAUGGAUUUUGUGAAAUGUUUUUAACACUGGCUCCAAAUUUUAUAUUUUUUGCAAGCAAUUAGGUAAAAUCUGAAAAUAUUGAGGUAGGAGUUUUGGUUUAAUGUAGAUGUAUUUAAUUUCAUCUUUGCAUUAAACUUCAUCAUUUUCAUGUCAAAGAAAAAACAACGAAAUUAAAUCCAACAAAAAUUAUUUUGUUAAAUUUCAGAAAUUCAUUUCUUAAAGUCUGAAAUACAUGCAUAUAUGUUUCUGUUAUCUGUAGUCUUUUGUAAAACCACACAAUUUAUCUGAUCUGUUAUCAUUACACUUUGUUCAGCUGUUGUAUGCUGUAAAAAAAAAUUAUCAUUCAUUUAAUCAAUGAAAAAUACACAGGUGCAAAUAAAUACAUGUGCAAUGAAAUAUGCUAUCUGAUCAUGAUCACUCAUGCCGACAGAGCAUCUAACGACCAUUAGGACUCAAGGAAUGGAUGUUAAUGGUGUCGUAUGUCCACAUCAAGUUAUCAAAAUAUAGCCAUAAACACUUAAGUUUUUCUCUGCACCUGCGAACUUUGGUCCAUGUAGAAACCAUAAUUAUUUGCUUGUUCAUACAUGUACAACAUGGCUUGAUUAUCUCGUGAAUUACAUCCUCAGUAGACCACCAAUAGGAUUAGUUACGCUCCAUUGCACAUGGCUCUUGAGAAUUUAAUUCCAAAUUGUAAAAUACUAUUUGGUACAUGUACAUGAUUUUGCGACAAUUUAUGAUAGCUUUAUGAGCAUAAAAUUUAUGCUAUUUACUUAACCAUUGCAAAUUUUAACAAGGAUUUAAACAGGUGGUGAUCAAUGAUACAUAUUGAAGAAAUUAAGAUAAAGUUAAUAUAAUUGAAUUGUAAACAAAAUAGCUUAUGUUCAACAAUUUGAUUUGUAACUAUAUAAGCUAAAAAGGGUAACCAUCAAGUAUUGAUUUGUCUUUUAAUGGGUGUUAACAACAGUAUAUGAAUAUGCUUCAUUAAACUAUCGGUAUAUGAUAUAUGUAUGGUAUAUUCAUGUAAGUGACAAUAUUUACAAUUUGAAGUGUUUUUGUUUUUUAAGGGAUAAAAAAAACAAUGAAAAUUAAGCAACAGGAAAUCAUGUGCAAUGCAAAAACAAUGAUUUUUUUUCCGUAACAAAAUAAAGUACGUCUUGGUAUUUUUCAGAUCAUUCAUUACUUAUAAUAAUAUGAACAGUGAAUUAAGUCCCAGCCAUUUAAAAUGAAGUUUUAUUGGUAUAGAGCUAAAUUAAGUUUUCAGAGGACCCCCAUUCAGGUAAUCCUGAAGUCAGUGUUUGUCAGAUUAUAUUCAAUCAUUAGUUGAAUGUACAGACAGAAUAUAUAAUCAGUUACAUAAUCUUCUGGAGGCAGAUUUUAAAGAAUAUUUUAAAGAAUUUAAGAAUAGGGAAUAAAUGACCAAAAGGGAAAACACAAAUAUUUACCUGUAAUUGCUGGAGGUUGUAUUAAUUGAUAAGAUGUAUCUUUCAAUUUGAAAUUUUAUGCCUCCUGAUCGAAAGAUCCCGGGGGUAAUUUUUUUUUGUCCUGUCUGUCUGUUUGUCUGUUGUCAACUUUAACCUAGCCCAUAACUAUUGUGCUGUCAAGGGUAAGGCUUUAAUAUUUGACAUGAGUGUUCAUUAUGACAAGACCUUUCCAUUGGUACAGAAAUUUUUGAUCAUGUGACCUCAACUGUGACCUUUGACCUACAUUUGAAAAACUUUAACAUUGGCCAUAACUAUUGCGCUGUAGUCUACGUCCCACUCCAGAAUUGUGUUACCAUCAGGGGCAUAGUGUUUCACAAACACAUCUUGUUUUUUUUCUUUUUUUGUAAUCUGUAAUUUCUAAAUAAUCACUAAUGAAAGAAAUUUAUAUUAAUUUUGGUUUUGUUAAAAAAACAUGUAAAUGUAUUGUUGUAAAUUACAGUCGAGAUUCUUUAAUCCAGACACUUGUGUUUCCAAGCAAUUGUCUGACAAUAUGACUGGAUUAAGAAAAGUCUGGAUUACUUAAACAUACUUCGUGUAUUGUUCUCCAAAAAUUUCUUCGGAGGGUGAAGAGUAUCUUUUUUUAACAAGGCUCCACUGUAUUUCAGAUGAUUUAUUAUUAGGCUAAUACAUAUAUACAUGUACAUUACUACAUAUAUAUAUAUAGCAACAAAAAUAUAAGUUUAACAUUUACAUGUAACUAGACACAAGCUGAUGUACAGAUAAUUUUUUUUUGUCAGAAAUAAAAUAUGCAGCCCAUGUAUAAAGAAUAUAUAACAUGUAUAAUGUAAGAAAAAUUAGAUUUCACUGAAUUUGGUGUAGUUUAUUGUGACUAUAUACCUGUACAUGUAAAUAUUCAUUGUUAAUUAUUUCACCGCCUUUUCAGUAAUCUCUGCCUAUUUAUUGCUACACUGGUGUUAAACAGUUGUUAUCUGUUUUCUGUAUUUUGAUAUUUUACGGAGUAUGUACUAUGUUAUUUGUUGUACAUGUUGUAGGAAUCACUCAUUUGCAAUGGUAUCUAUAAUUGUUUUUCAACUUUCAAACAAAUGCACCAUACAGUGUAUAUUUGUAUCCAAGAGUGAAGAUAUUCAUAACAGAAGAAAUUGUUAUAGAUAUUCAUAUAAUUUAUAAUUAUAUUUUAUCUUGAGUGACCAAAGACUCAAGAGAGCCUUUUCUGCUCAAAAUCUGUUGUUUAUAUAAUAAUCAAAAUUGCAUAAUAAGAAAUUUAUUUCUUGAAAUAUAUUUUUCCAUUCUUUGAAACAGAAAAAUAAAAUAAACUAAUAACUA